AGACAGUAACAAAGGGGACCUGCAUUAGGAGCAAGCUAGCGGGGCUUCAAAACCAGCACUCCAAAACUCAAGCGUUCUUCAGGGACAACAAAAUGGCCGCCAACAUCAGCCAGAACACCAGCGAUGACGUCACAGGUAUCCCAGGAUUCUGCAGUCCGGUUGGAUGGGGUCCGACUCAGCCCGGCGGCCUCCUGACGCCCUGUUUUGUGAACGUUCUCCUGUACAACCUCGUGUACGUGCCAGUCUUCAUCUACUGCAUCAAGCGCUCCAUCAAAGUCUUCAUGAGGAAGUCCUACUCCCAGCCCCCGUACCUGCGCCAUUUUUGGAAAAUCGUGUUCGCCGCGAUCGUGCUGCUGAGUGCUGUGAUCGAGUUAGUUCUGAGUCUGGUGUACAGGGUCCAGAAUCAAACUCAUCUGGCCCACGUUCUUGUCCAUGGGAUCGUGGAGAUACUCACCUGGUCCAUGUACAUUGUGACGAUCUUGGCCGAAGCGACCAGGUUCCACGACAACAACCGGUUUCUGCUGUACUUUCAGAAGAUCAUCUUCAUUCCCGCUACUAUUGAGAUCUACAGCAUCAACCAGGAUAAGUUCGGGUCGUUAACGGUGGGCGAGGUGGCGAUUUUCAAGAUCAAGUACACGUUCAUUUUCAUGACCACGCUUUGGUCGUUUAUACAGUAUUACGUGGAGUUCGGUUACCGCCACCUUCGCGCGAUCGACUUCGUGUACGAACCCGUGCCCGCAGACGACAGCGAGCAUAACGGACACACCGUGGACGGUCGUUUGAUGCUGCCUGGAUACAAGCUCCUAGCCGUAAACACACAAGACGUAGAGAGGGGAUACACACACGAGAGAGGGUACUAUGAGAACUGGAAAGGCGUCAAGUUCGGAGCGAAGUGUAUGAUGGCACCCAAAAACCAAGAAGAAGUCAUCCGCAUUGUGAGAAAGGCGGCAGGAGAAGGACAGAAGGUCCGCAUCAUCGGUUCAGGUCAUAGCGAUGAUUCCAUCUUAACAACCAGCGGCUACCUCGUCAGCCUACACAACAUGAAGGACAUCGUCUCCGUCAAGAAAGUCGACAACUGCGCCACGCCUGAGGGAGACCAGUGCUACGACGUCACCGUGCAGGCCGGGAAGUAUCUGAAGGAGUUCUUCGAGGAGCUUGCUGAGAAGUACGACGUGUGCCUGCCCAUCGCCGGGGACAUUAACGAGCAGAGCGUGGCCGGGAUCAUCGCUACCGGCAGUCACGGCUCGGGCGGCAGGUUCCCCUCCAUCUCUAACUACGUCGUCGGCAUGGAGAUCGUCAAGGCUGAUGGGGAAAUUUUGAAGGUCACAGAAGAGGACCCACAGCUUUUGGAUGCGGUGCGGGUUCACCUCGGCGUAUUUGGCGUCGUCACAGAAGUUACGCUUCGCUGUGUGCAAAACUAUCACAUCAAGAAGAUCAGGAGAGGGCGGGUCAUGGAUGAGGUGUUGAAUGAGCUGGAGACGAAACUGAAGGAUAACGAGCACUUUGAGUUCUUCUACUUCCCACACACAGACAAGUGUCAGACGGUGUCCAGUCACAGAUGUCGGUGUAAAGAAAACGACGACCCAAACGAUGACUGUGUGGAGCCGAACAAGUUCAGCACCUUCAUGACGUGGUACGUGGAGAACUUCAUCCUCCUGACGGUCCACAGGGUCGCCAACUACUUCACUAGUCUCACGCCCCUGACGAUGAAGUUCCAGACGUUGUUUCUGGACGCCACGCCCAUUUCCGGUCCCACCUCCCUGGUGCAGUCUGGGAACGUCCGGCUGGAGAGGUUCUCGGAGAUCGAGAUUGCCAUCCCGUACGAGAGAUGCCGGGAGGCGUUCCAAGAGAUCAAAGACCUGAUCGAAGAGGCGAGAAAGUGGCAGGAGCCGUACAUGUGUAACCAGAUUAUCGAGGUUCGCUUCUCACGUGGAGAGUCCAGCUACCUCAGUCCGCUGUACCUCAAAAACAGUAUGUUUUCUUCGGUAAACAUAAAUAUUCCAGUACAUAUUUUUAUGUGUUGUAAUGAUAUAUUUGGUGUUUUUCUUGAUACAGACAUUCUGAUUGACAAGUACGGCGGCCGCCCUCAUUGGGGCAAGCAGACCUAUAUGUCGGCACGACAGCGCGGCCGAUGCUUCCCGAAGUUCAACGACUUCGUGGACGAGCGUCUGAAACACGAUCCGACCGGCAUGUUCGUCAACAGCUACCUGGCCGACGCCUUCCUGCCAGAGGGCAACGUGUGCGGUACAACGUGUGUGUGCAAAGGGCCUUGUCAUUGUGCCAUCUUAUCGGGUCUGCAUUCCCCACCUGUGAGCAGAGAAUGCUCUGUGAACGUCUUCAGCUUUGCAGCUGCUCGCGAAAGCGACGUAUGAAGUAGAAUAGUAACAUUUGCAAAGCAGAUGCAUAAUGUUUACCUUGAAGUUCGCAU